GAUAUUAUUAAUUUAUUAGAAUAUCAGAUGUCACCAUAACCAGAACCAAACAAUAAUGUAGUUUAAACACCUGAGAAUGGAGAAGUAAGUAGAUUUAGUAAUUUAAGGUUUUCAGAUUCAUUUACAAAAAUAAAGAAUAUGAUUUAACAGAAUAUGUUCCUAAGCAUCCUGCAGGUAAAAGUUUCUUUGAAAAAAUGAAGGAUGAGAAAUAAGACAUCACAGAAUAUUUUAGGUAUAAAAUAGAUAUAUUUAGAUGUUUACAUUCAAAGAAAGCAUUGAGAAUAUUAAAAUCCUAAAAAGUUAUUCGUAAUGAUUUAAAAGAAUCAGAAGACAGUAAACGAUAUUCUCACAUCAAAAAGCAAGUGAAAGACCUCUUUUAACCUGAUUGGACAAUUGAAAUCCUACUAUUGAUUGGAUUGAGUCUUGGCUUAUAUUUAGGUGUGACAAGUGAUUGGUACAUUGCAAUUCCAACAAUUGCAUUAACAUAAAUAGUGGCUGGGUAUUUUGAUAAUAAUAUAUAAAAUUUAGAUGGCAAGGUCAUUCAACUAAUCAUAAUCGAAAUCCAUUAUUGUAUAAGUUGUCUAUACCUUAUGGUAUCAUUCAUGGGUUCUCUACAGAUUGGUGGUAAUUUAAACAUAAUAAUCAUCACAUUUUUACAAAUCGUAUUGGUAAAGAUGACGAUAUUAAUCAUCAAUAUUAAAUGUGGUAAUAUGGAUUCCUCUAUUUAAAGUAAGUUUUAAUAUAUAUUUAAAAGAUGGAAAUUCGAUUCAAUCAUUACAUCCUAUAACAAAAUAGAUAUUCUCUACGUGUUACUUCACCAAUUAAUUGUAUUCUAAUAAAAAAUAUGGAUCUAUUUUAUUGCUCAGUAUAUUGCAGGAUUCUUUAGUGCCUGUAUUCUUAUUGGUAAUCAUGAAAGAGAAUACAAAUUUUUCAAUAAAAUUGAUAAACCUUUUAUAGAGCAUUAAAUCAUCACCUCUAGAAAUUAUGACUGGACUGGUAUUUUUUAUUCAUUUAUCUAGAUUGGUUAUCCAAUUUAUUAAUGGGUGGCAUGCAAUUUUAAACUGAACAUCAUUUAUUCCCUCAAAUUCCUUUUUAUAGAUUACCAUAUGCAGCUAAAAUCAUUAACAGAGAAUUAAAUAAAUUUGGAUAUAAAAUCCAUAUUGGAAAGAUCUUGUGAUAUAUUAAAAUUAUAAAUAAAUAAAUAAUCUGGUUC